AUUUAAAAUGUCAUAUAUUUUUCUUUGUCUCAUUCUCUCUUUCUAUUUUUUAUUACUGUCUUUUACCUUAUAAUAAUACAAGAAAAAAUGAUGUGGAUUUAUAAUUAACAAGAAAAAUUAUUUAAAACUAAAGAAAAAGUGUUAAUUUUGUUAAAAUUUGUUUAAAAACAUUUAAGUUAAGGGUCUUCUCUAGUACGAGUGAAAAAAUUAGAUUUUUACCCCAAAACACCCCUGACCCAUAUAUUUUUCUUUUUUUUUAUAUUAAAUUUUACUACAUUAAGACAUCGCGUAGUAUAAAGCUACAUACAUAUUAAUAUAUUAAACAGCACGUACCCGUAUCGCGUACCUUUUUUUGUUUGUUUCUUUCCGAUAGACCCCGAAAAGGUGGUCUUGAAGUAAAAUAAACGAAAUUACGUGAAAAACAACUAUCGAUAGUAAAAUAAACAAUGACGAUCAUAGAGGGUAAUAAAGAUGAGGCUUUACGCUGUAUUGAUAUAGCGGUCCAAGCACUAUCCGAGGGUAAAUUGGAAAAGGCCGAAAAGUUUUUACUAAAGGCGGAGAAACUUUUUCCUACUCAGAAGGCCAAAGAUCUUUUAACCAAAGUCAAAAGUUUCCCCGCAAACGGCGGAGGUUCUACAGCAUCCUCCGCCAAUAAUACCAGCAAUGGUGAGGGAGUGCGUAAACGUAAAUUAUCAGACUCACGUAAUGCCGAACCUGACUAUACCUCCGACCAGUUGGAGGCUGUACGCAAAGUCAAGAAAUGUAAAGAUUAUUAUGAGAUCUUGGGCGUAACAAAACAAUCAACCGAUUCGGAAAUUAAAAAAGCUUAUAAAAAGCUUGCCUUGCAAUUGCAUCCCGAUAAAAAUCGUGCUCCCGGUGCAGUAGAAGCUUUUAAGGCUGUGGGCAAUGCUGCGGCUAUCUUAACGGAUCCGGAGAAGCGUAAACAGUAUGAUAUGUACGGCAUUAAUGAGUCACAUAGUGGUGGCGGUGGUGGAGGUAAUGGUGGCAUGCGUGGCAAUUAUUAUGCCAGUGAUUAUGGCUAUGCACGUGGUUUCCAGGCCGAUGUAAGCGCAGAAGAAUUAUUUAAUAUGUUCUUUGGCACCGGGUUUCCCCAACAAAAUGUUUACAUGCGGUCACAACGUCGCCGUCAACAAAGAGAAGAAAGAGAGAAUCAAUCCUCUUCUUCGGCUUUGAUAAAUCUUUUGCCUAUUCUGCUGCUUAUUGGUUUGUCUAUGAUGUCCUCCUUCUUUAUAUCUGAUCCCAUUUACAGUUUGUCACCCUCACAUAAAUACUCGGUUAAACGUGAAACCAAUGGCUUGAAAAUUCCCUAUUAUGUAAAAGACAACUUCUAUUCCGAGUAUCAAGGUUCGGUGGGACGUUUAGAGGAAUCGGUGGAAGAAGAUUUCUUUAAUCAUCUAAAACACUCUUGUAGUCGUGAAAGAAAUUAUCGCGACUCUAUGCUGGCAAAGGCCCGUAGUUUUGGCGAUCGUGAUUUGUUCCGCAAGGCCCAAAAUAUCAAUAUGCCUUCGUGUGACAAUUUACAAAAAUAUUUAAAUACAUAGUUUAAUUUAUUAAGUUAAUUAUUCAUAUAACUAUAGCUGCAGCGGAUUAAUAUUUUUAAAUUAAACUUUAAACGAAUUAUAUAUGUAUUGUUUAUUUACCACUUUUUGUUUAA